AAUUUAAAAUGCAUGGGUAUGUUGCCAUUGCAGUGCAGAUGGAAGCGCCUAUAAGCCAACGAGGUCCCCGCGCGGGGAACGGCGAUAUUAACAAAGUCCGCAUCAACUCGCUUUAAACACGAGAUUCCUCCUUCUCCAUCCACACAAUCAAGAUUCGUAAAGCAUCAAUCCCACACCAACCUCAAAAUGACUACUGUUACUCUUCUUUACCCCUCGGGUCACAAGUUCGACAUGGACUACUACCUGAGCAAGCACAUGAAGAUCGUCCAAGAGAAUUGGGGUUCUCUGGGACUACAGAGCUGGGAAAUCCUCCAAUUCCCAGAGGAUGCUCCCUAUCAGGUCCAGGCUACCCUCAAAUGGGAUAGCCUUGAUUCAUACAAGGCCGCCGCCUCCGGCCCGAGUGCCACGGCGGUAUUUGGCGAUAUCCCCAACUACACAACGGCCAAGCCGGUCUCCCUGGCCGGUGUGCAAAAGGCUGCUUCCCCCAAAAUUUAAGCCAUUAAUUGGAAAUUCGGGUUGAUCAGAAACCACUGAUUCCACACUACUGCCAAAUCUAUCGUCGGAUCGAACUGCCCUGCUUCUACCCAAUUUUGAACCAUACAGAGACUCGCUCCAGCAAUCAGGAAGGCAUGGUUAUGAUAGAAAGAUGUAAAACAACUAUUAUUUAAAAUAGCAUAAGAGAACCCCUGCUCCAGGACUCCAAUUAACACUCAAAUUAAAAACAAAGUCAUAAUGUUCUUCUGUCAG